AGCACUUCCUUGGGGAAUUUGUCCUUUUUUCCUGGUCUACCGUCUGUGCCAGGUGGCCACUUGAAUCAUCCUGCAUGGCUUGAUCGUUGUAGGGUCGAUUUUCUGUCUUCUUGUUUUCUUGACAUCUGUGUCUAGGUACUGCACGAUUUUCUGGAGCUGGAACUUGGGGGAUCUAAUCAGGGCUUUUUGUCCUUUUUUUAUUUACCGCCAUUGAGCGGACUUAAUAUACCACACCCCAUGGCUACCCAUGGCCGACGGCGGUCAUCCGCCUCCGUCGCCUCCCUCUUCUCUUCGCCAAUGCUAAUGACCGUCAUCUUCCCCUUUCUCUUAUUCCUCGUCUGCUUCCCGGUCCCCGCAGCCGCUGUCGGGUCCGCCGUUCUCGGUAUCGAUCUCGGAACAGAAUACAUCAAGGCCGCUUUAGUGAAGCCCGGUAUCCCGCUCGAGAUCGUCUUGACGAAGGAUUCGAAACGAAAGGAAUCGGCCGCUGUCGCCUUCAAGCCUGCUAGGGAGGGUAACGCCCCCUUCCCGGAGCGGUUCUAUGGCGGUGACGCGCUGGCCCUUGCGGCUAGGUUUCCUGACGAUGUCUACUCGAACCUUAAGACUCUCCUGGGUGUUCCAUUCAACGGAGGCGAGGAGGAAAUGGUCCAGGUGUACAAGAGUCGGUACCCGUCCAUAAAUCUGGAGAGCGCACCAGGCGACAGGGGAACAGUGGGCGUCCGCAGUGGAAAGCUGGGACAAGCGGUGGGCAAGGAUGCGUUUCUCGUGGAGGAACUUCUGGCCAUGCAGUUAAAGCAGAUCAAGGCCAACGCUGAUGUGAUGGCCGGAAAGGGAUCCAACGUCCGUGAUGUUAUCAUCACGUAUCCGCCUUUCUACACUGCGGAGGAGAAGAGAAGUGUGGAGCUAGCGGCUAAGCUGGCAGGAUUGAAUGUUGAAGCCUUGAUCAGUGAUGGACUGGCUGUUGGCCUGAACUACGCCACGAGUCGUACGUUUCCUAGUGUCUCUGACGGUCAGAAACCGGAAUACCACGUGGUUUACGACAUGGGUGCCGGUUCUACGACGGCCACUGUUCUGCGUUUCCAGAGCCGGAAAGUCAAGGAUGUGGGCAAAUUCAACAAGACCGUCCAGGAGGUCCAUGUUAUCGCUGCUGGCUGGGACAGAACUCUCGGUGGAGAUGCCCUGAACCAGCUGAUUGUGAACGACAUGAUCGAGAAGCUCGUUCAGGAGAAGAAACACAUCUCGGCGGCUGAUAUUAGAGCGCACGGAAAGACAAUGGCCAGACUCUGGAAGGAUGCGGAGAAGGUUAGGCAGAUUCUCAGCGCCAACACCGAAACUGGAACGUCUUUCGAGGGAUUGUUUGAGGAGGAUCUUUACUUCAAAUACAAGAUCACACGCUCCGAAUUCGAGAAGCUGGCAGCAGAGCAUGUCAACCGUGUUGGUGGACCGCUUGAGCAAGCACUUUCCGUCGCCGGAAUACCCCUGAGUGAUAUCGAGUCAGUGAUCCUCCAUGGUGGCACUAUCAGAACGCCUUUCGUACAAAAGCAGCUAGAGAAGGUGGCAGGAGGAUCAAGCAAGCUUCGCACCAACGUCAAUGCCGAUGAAUCUGCCGUCUUUGGCGCUGCUUUCAAGGGAGCCGCUCUCAGUCCAAGCUUCAGGGUGAAGGAUAUCCGUGCUGUUGACGCAGCUCAGUACCCUGUCUUCCUCAAGUGGCCUGCAGAUGGUAAAGAGCGACAGCAGAAGCUGUUCACACCGACGUCGCAGGUCGGCGUCGAGAAGCAAGUGACAGUGAAGAACCUGGAUGACUUUGAGUUCAGCUUCUAUCAGCAGGUCCCUAAGGGCCAAGAUGCCAUCGAUGCCCCUGUCUUGAAGGUUGAAACAAAGAACCUUACGGCUUCUGUGGCUGAACUGAAGAACAAGUUUGGAUGCUCCCCCGCCAACAUUACCACCAAGUUCGCUGUCCGUCUCAGUCCUGUGGACGGACUGCCUGAGGUGCUUAGUGGUUCCGCCAGUUGUGAGGUCGAUAGCGCUAAGAAGGCCAGCGUGGUCGACGACGUCAAGGGCUUCUUCGGUCUCGGCUCGAAGAAGGAUGCUCAACAACCUCUGAAAGAGGAUGAUGAGCCAACGGAGUCUGUCACCCUUGAGCCUGAGUCGUCAUCUACCGCGACCUCGACUUCUGAGACCUCCACUUCCACGGAGCCCGCCAAGGAUGCUAAGAAGGCCUCCCCGGAGCCUCAGACCAAGCUCGAGAUCAUUCCUGUCAAGCUCGUCUCAUCGCCGCUUGGCACACCAGCUCCAUCUCCGGCCGAGCUGAACCGCAUCUUGGAACGUUUAGCUGCAUUCGAUGCCUCAGACCGAGACCGUGUCCUACGUGAAGAAGCCCUCAAUGAAUUGGAGAGUUUCAUUUACCGUGGACGUGAUCUGCUUGAGGACGAGGAGUUCCUUAAGGCCCUCAAGCAGGAUCAGGUGUCGGUCCUGAAAGAGAAGCUUUCAGCCUCCAGCGAUUGGCUGUAUGAGGACGGCGCCGACGCUAAGACGAAGGAUUUCCAAGAGAAGCUGAAGGCACUCAAGGAUAUUAUUGACCCGGCCCUGCGCAGAAAGCAAGAGAACGCUCUUCGGCCCUCCAAGAUGACUGUCCUGGAGGAGAUGCUCAAGAGUGCCGGCACCAUUUCGGAGAUGAUGGAGCAGACGAUCAAGGCUGAAGAGGAGGCCUUCUCUUCCUCCCUGGCCGCCGCCAGCCCCAGCUCCACUACGGAAGCCAGCUCUGAGACCUCUACCAGCGCUGAUUCCUCCUCUACGGAGUCAUCCUCGACCGACGCUUUCGCCGAUCUAGAAGAGGAUCCUUACUCAACCUCGUCUUCGACGACUACUACGGCGUCGACCGCCCUCCCUUCCAAGCCCGCCUCUCCAAGCUACUCUCUCUACACCCCUGCUGACCUCUCAUCCCUCACCAAGACCUACGAGUCCACGAAGACCUGGUUCGAGACACAGUCCGUCCUCCAGGCCAAACUCACCGAAUCCGACGACCCAGCCCUCCCUGUUGCCGAGAUUGACGCCCGCCUCCGCGAACUCGAGCGCAUCCUGAGCCGGAUCGGCUCCAAGAUCCACGCCGGCGGCAACAACGGCAACAGCGAAGGUUCAUCUUCGAAGAAGAACGGAAAGAAAAACAACAAGAAAGACAAGAAGCAACAACAGAAACAAGACAAAGAAGAAAAGAAGAGCCGCAAAGAUGAGCUCUAAAGCUGUAAACCACAUACGAACCAAUGCCCGAUAAUGUUUGUAUUAUUCGUCUUGUCUGUUUUGUUUAUUAGAGAACACAUUUAUCAAGCCAAGAAAUAACUAGUAAUCGAUGCAUUUCAUUGCAUUGCUUAGCUUUACUUAGAUUAGCUUUCUUUGUUGGUUGAUUUCUCUUCUUUGUACUGUACUUCUUUCUGGCUCUUGGGAUUUAAUUAAGCAUUACUUACUUACGGGAGCGACACAGAUGAAAAAGAAUUUGGAUGGAGAUCGAAUUUCUGCGUGUUUGUACUCUAUUAAAUUAAACUGCUAGAUAGAUAGAUGGAGAGGGUUCCUAGGAAUAAUAUAUGAGAGAUCAUUCUCUAUGGUUGAU